CGGGUGGUAUUGGAAUACGCGAAGCGAGUCCACUGAUAUUUAUCGCCGUAUUAUCUCGUACGCUAAUAAAACACAAUAAUUCUAUGAUAAUAUAUUUCGAAAUUAAUUUUUUCACUGAUAUCCUGUGAUACGUGCGGAGAGUUUUUGUGAAAUUGUAGAAAAAAAAUGUGUUUAGUAAAGUGAACGAUUUUGCUUGUUUUUUUUUCGCGAUUGUCGGCGCCAGAAUGUCUGAUGAGCUCGAGGCUCGGAUGUGGGACGAUGGGGCCUCCCGGUACGAGUCCAGGGGCCGUGGCCCUUACUUCGAGUCAGCUUUCGCCUCAACAGAACAUUUGGACAGAGCACCUUUGUUGUCUGAGGAAACGUACACGGACGUCCCGGUGGCGCCAUCUUCGGACGUGGAGCACUGUCACUGGCCGCCACCUGCGCAGCCGCCCAGCGCAAUACCGCAACUUCUUAUAGCACUAGUGUUAUGCGCGAUUUUCAUGGUAUGCGAGUUAAUCGGCGGGUAUCUAGCAGGCAGUCUCUCGGUGAUGAGCGAUGCUGCUCACAUGCUGAGCGACUGUGGUGGGUUCGCGCUAGCGUUGCUCGCCUUCCACUGCGCUAAACGGAAACCUGAUGUCCACAUGUCAUAUGGGUACAAACGUGCUGAGGUUCUAGGCGCGAUGCUAUCAGUGCUUCUAAUCUGGAUUCUGACGGGUAUCUUCGUGUACGUGGCGGUGGUGCGGCUCCAUACAGGGGAGUAUAAUAUUGAGCCGGACAUGAUGAUGAUCGUGUCUGGUUGUGGGGUGGGCUUCAACGUCAUACUGGCGCUCGUGUUACAUGGCUGCGCCUCUGAUAUCGCCCACCACCAUACCCACGGCGGCGCAGCGUGCUCCCAUGCGCACGCGCACUCCCACAACAACAACAGUACGGGCGCUAGCUCGCGCGGCUGGAGACUGUUCCGGCGAGCUCGCGACCACAAGCACGCCAACGGCGCGCUCGCCAACGGAGACUACAACAUGAAGGACCUCGCCACUGUAGAAGCUAGUGUUGUGGGUUCCCAGCCUAGGAAUAUAAAUCUCCGCGCGGCGCUCAUCCACGUGAUAGGAGAUCUCAUACAGAGCUGCGGAGUCCUGCUCGCAUCUAUACUUAUUAAGUUCUAUCCUGAAGCGAAGGUGGUGGAUCCGAUCUGUACGUUCGUGUUCAGCUUCCUAGUUUUACUGACGUCGGCGCAGGUCGUACGGGAUGCACUCGCCAUGCUCAUGCAAGCUGUGCCCAAGAACUUCAGGUACCGCGAGUGCGUGGCGUCGCUGUCGGCGGUGGGCGGCGUGCGCCACGUGCACUCGCUGCACGUGUGGGCGCUGUCCACGCACUGCGUCGUGCUCUCCGCGCAUGUCGCCAUCGACGAGCUGUCGGACAGCGAGGCGGUGCUGCGCGCGUGCCAGCGCGUGGCGCGCGCGGAGUACGGCGUGUGGUCGUGCACGCUGCAGGUGGAGCGGUACGAGCCGCGCAUGCGCAGCUGUCCCGACUGUACCGCGCAGCCCGCGCACACGCCCUGACAUCUCUCCACGCUCGCCUAGCCAGGCAACGAGAACAUAAUAACGGAAGCCUCAGAAAAUUAACGAUUGAUGCUAAAUAUUUGAUCAAUCUAAGGGGCCAGCUGUCAAUCAGUCAGGCGAUUGGUUGAUUUGAACUGUAUUGAUAUUAUAAACUAAGUGAUUUAAAUGAUUGAACAGUGCUGUGUUAUCAUCGACAAGUUGAUUGAUAAAUGUUGCAAGUUUUGUAUUUUUCCAAACGUUAAAGGACCAAGUGUUAGUGACAUCAAUCGACAAUAUGAUUGAAAGAUUGAUUGAUUGAUAAAUUGUUGAAUUAGUUUAUUAGGAAGAUUUUGAAAAUGUAUUGUAAUUUGUAAUGUCAGUGAUCUCAACAAGAUAAUUUCCAAAAUGUAUUCAAGGGGUUUUUCUAUCGCGUGUCAGCAAAGUGUUCAAUUAAUAUGGUAAGGCUGGCAACACUAAGCAUGUAUUUCAGUGUUAACCUACCUGCUAAGUGUGUUCGCCUAUGAAUUUGUAAAAAAAAAACUUUUUGACAUUUCGAAAAAACGCAUAAUAAAUGAUAAUUGUUAUUUUUU